UGGUGUAGGCAUGGUCUUGUUUACAACAUAAGCCAAGAGUUGAAACCUGAUUUUUGAACAACGGCUCGGGACCAACAGUCCUUAUUCAGGAGCCAUUGAAGCCGGUUUGACCACUCCUCAGGCUUUCUCUUUGAGGAAGUUUUUUUUUUUAAACCACUAACCUACAAACAGGCACUCCAAAAAAGACAUUCAAGACGGCGUCUUCCCAAAUACCAGCAUCAUGGAGCACAGCUCAAGGCCAGCGGUGAAGCUGAACCUCUUGAAUGGAGCCCUAGUGAAAGCCAGACCAAAACCACCAGCAAGAGAGCAGUGGGCCAAUAAGCUUGAGUUUCUCCUGGCGGUGGCAGGGCACAUUAUUGGCUUGGGGAAUGUGUGGAGGUUUCCUUACUUGUGCUACAAGAAUGGAGGAGGGGCAUUUUUUGUGCCAUAUGUGCUGUUUCUCUUUACCUGUGGCAUCCCACUUUUCUUUUUGGAGACUUCGCUGGGUCAGUUCACCAGUCAGGGUGGAAUCACAUGCUGGAGGAAAAUAUGUCCACUCUUCGAAGGUCUUGGUUUUGGCAGUCAAGUCGUUGUCCUCUAUACUGGAGUCUACUACAUUAUUAUACUUGCUUGGGCUUUCCUUUACCUCUUCUCAUCCUUCACUUCAGAACUGCCAUGGGCAAGCUGUAACAACUACUGGAACACACCAAGCUGCAUGGAGUUCAGCGAGAGCAACAUUACUGAAUAUUCACCAAAUAAAACCACAUCUCCUGUUAUAGAGUUUUGGGAGAGAAGGAUUUUAGGUUUGUCUGGGGGAAUUGAACAGAUUGGUAAUGUGAGAUGGGACUUGGCUCUCUGCCUCCUGUUGGCCUGGAUCAUCUGUUAUUUCUGUGUGUGGAAGGGAGUGAAGUCCACAGGCAAGGUGGUGUACUUCACAGCUACCUUCCCUUAUUUAAUGUUGAUAGUAUUGCUGGUUCGUGGACUUACUCUUCCUGGAGCAAUAAAUGGCAUCACCUUCUACCUCUAUCCUGAUCCAUCACGUCUCAAAGACCCACAGGUGUGGAUGGAUGCAGGAAGCCAGAUAUUUUACUCCUAUGGAGUUUGUACAGGAGUACUGACUGCACUGGGAAGCUACAACAAAUAUGACAACAACUGCUACAGGGACUGUGUAUACCUGUGUCUGCUCAACAGCUUGACUAGCUUUGUGGCUGGUUUUGCUAUAUUUUCAGUCCUUGGCUUUAUGGCAGAUGAACAGGGGGUGGAUAUUUCGUUGGUGGCAGAGUCAGGUCCUGGUUUGGCGUUCAUCGCUUACCCCCGUGCUGUAGCUCUGAUGCCUUUGCCUCAGCUAUGGGCGAUUUUCUUCUUUAUCAUGAUCAUAUUUCUGGGACUGGAUAGUGAGUUUGUGUAUCAGGAAGCCCUGGUUACGUCUAUCUCAGAUAUGUAUCCCUCAUUCUUCCAAGUUGGACAUCGGCGCAAAUUUCUUCUCCUCUUCAUUUGUUCUGCCAGCUUUUUUGUUGGUCUGCUGAUGGUAACAGAGGGUGGUCUGUAUGUCUUCCAGCUUUUCGACUAUUAUGCCUGUAGUGGAAUGACUCUUCUCACUUUUGCCAUCCUUCAGUCCAUCUGUGUUGGAUGGGUUUAUGGAGCUGACCGUCACUAUGAUUGCGUUGAGGAUAUGAUUGGAUAUCGGCCAUGGCCCUUUAUGAAGUGCUGCUGGAAAUAUCUAACGCCAGCUAUAUGCACAGGAACUUUUAUCUUCUCCUUGGUUCAAUACACUCCUCUGAAGUUCAACAAUGAGUAUGAGUACCCCUGGUGGGGUUACGCCAUCGGUGGCUUCUUCACCCUUUCCUCCACCCUGUUAGUUCCACUGUGGAUGAUUUAUUUGGUCGGCACCACUCCAGGGUCUAUGAGACAGAGAGUGAGAGCAUUGUGCACCCCAGCUGAAGAUCUUCCGGAUCCAAAAUGUCCAAAACAGAAGCUAAACACCGCUACUUUUGAGACAUUCACAGAUCUAUUGACAUUACGGACAGUACACAUACAGAACUCUUUACCUCACAGAGACGCUGUCUGACCGGCCACUGCAUUAGUUUUCUUGUUUUUAACCUCAAGUUCUGUGGCAAACAUUUUUUGACAUAUUGUCAUGUAAUUUUCAUCAUAACGUAUCAUCUGAUGGUUAAGGUACAGUAAUGUUUAUCCAAAGAACAGUUUUCUCAAUUGAUCGCACAGUUAGCUGAGAAUGUAAUUAUGUUUGAACUGACAAGAAAAGGCUUUUUAAAAUGUAUAAUUGUAAUAAAUGUAUUGAAGCUUUACUUCUAGAAAGCUUCUCUUUUAAGAGUGGAGUGUGUUUGUCUGAUCUGUAAAUAUGUAUAAAAUAUGAACUUUACAAUGAGGCUGGGAUUAAAUAUAUGUAUUAUACAUCUA